AUGUUAACUGAGCGAAACCUAGGAAUCAUCGUACACAUUGAGCUUGACCCUAAUAACAGGAGUCAUUUGAAGGGUCGGUAUAAGGAAACACUACUAGUAGCUGCAGCGCAUGAUGCCAACAUGCAAAUAUAUUCUAUUGCUUGGGGGGUGAAAAAUAGUAUUAAGCGAGCAAUUACGAUGCUUUUCCCGCUUUUACACCAUGGUACCUGCAUAUGGUAUAUCAAGAAAAAUCUCAUUGCUAGGUAUAGCAGUCGAAAUGUCAUAUUCCUUUUCAAAAGUGCAGCAUUCGCAUACCGCGUAUCAGAAUUCCAGCAAAUGAUGAGACAGAUUCGGACCAUUUGGCCAACAGUCGUUUCUUAUUUGGAAUGUGCUGGUCCAUCUACUUGGUCACAGGCAAAUUUUGUUGGUAAUCGGUACAAUAUCAUGGCUAAUAACAUUGCAGAGUCAUUGAAUUCAGUUUUCAGGCAGCAACAAAGUUUUCCUAUAACCUCGUUCGUCCAACACAUUACGACAUUGAUGCAACAAUGGUUCUUCAAGCGGAGAAACGCAUCUACUAACUGUCAUACUGCCAUGACAUCAAAAAUGAAGGGGGAAUUGAGACAAUCAUUUGACGUCGGUGCAACCUUAGAUAUACGAAAUUUGGAUAAACUCGUUUUCGAGGUUGGCACAGGUGCAGAAAUUUGUACUAUCGACCUUGUAGCUUCCUACACCGAACUUCUUUACCCCGUUGGAAUGGAGUUAGAUUGGGUUGUUCCUAAUGCUAUUAGUUCCAUCAACAUUUUGCCUCCAAAUACAUGUAUAGCACCAGGUCGUCCUCCUACCCAACGUAGAAGGUCAAGAACUGCAUGGUCUACCAGCACCCGAAAAUGUGGUCAAUGUGGUGGUUCCGGACACAAUAUGCAAACAUGUAGGAACUCGACACGAAGAAGUAACACGUGCACUUGA